UUUGGAGCUUCCUUUCUAGAUUGGUGUCAGAGGUCGUAAUGGAUUUUGAUUGGACAGAAGCCGGCAAUUUCCUGCCAGCGACAGGAUGGAAACGCUUCAUCUCAACACUAAAAUCGGCUCGUAUUUCAAAUGCUGUGCGAAAACUUUCUUUUCAGAAAUCCUUCGUGUCGCCGAUUAGCGUCGCCGUCAAAUGCCGCCGUCGGCCACGCAGAAAUGUCGAGAUGGACGGAAACGGACGCGGGAUGUGCUCGCUAGAUGAGCUCACUGCAUGUGCAAGUGUUUGUGUUUUUUUUGUAUUUAGAUCUCCCCACCUUUCUUACUUUACAACAAUAUAUUGCUUGGGUGAAUGUGCAUUGUUAACAGAAUGAAGAAGCACUGAUUUUAUGAAGAACCUCACGAUUGGGUUAACGAAUCUUUUUAAAGAAGUCAUUGGAGUCAUUCAGAACACUCAAAAGAACGGCAGUGUACAUCGCUUCAUGGUCCACAAAGUUUAUCGCCGGGGCAUGCGCAGUGAAAACGAACGGUCACUGGGAAGCGGUGGGUCUUGCGCCCCAUCGCCAUCAUCAGCGUUCGGCCAUUUUAGUUUGGCGCGGCUAGCUUUUUAUGAGUCUUCUUUUUUUGCGGUUGUUUGUUAGCUUAGCAUUGCUAACUUGUUGGCUGGCAGGCGUGCGCUCACGUCACCUUGCAGGACCUGAGGUGACAAGACCGGAGUUGUCUUGACACAUUACACCCCUGCCCUGGGAAGGUGAUCUGUGGCAAAGGGGUCCUAGGUGGGGGACCGGAGAAACCGCGACUCAAAAGACCCCUUAUGACCAGAAGUCUCUUUUAAUGACAAGUUAGUAACGACGCACAAAUACACACGAAUGAUUGCGCUGUAAAAAAAAAAAAAAAACCAAACAAACAAUACCUGUGUGUUAUUAGCGUUUUACACGGCAGGAAGGUUGCCAUGUAGUCAUCGCCAAGUUAGCGGUCUAAUACGUGAUGGAGAAUGAUAUACGAAUGCGCUGCCCCCUCAAGUAUGCGUUCCUAGAACCGGCCAUGGUAGACCAAAACCAUUUCAAAACGGAAACCUCAUGAAUGAAAAAUAAACGCGCGAUGAGAUUUUGGACGGGGACGAUCAAAUAAAGGCCGACUUGCCAAUCCCACGAGCUGCCACGCUUUUCUUUUCCUACAGUUAGCAUCGUCAAUGUACAUUGGCCAACGGCACAACAGGAAAUAGGACAAUAUUCUUCCGUUUCCGAAGCAAAAGUCUGAAGACGAAGAAGAGCAGCGAGGCCAUUAUUGUGACAGUCCAGAAAGGAAGUAUCUCCCCGUGGCCGCGACCGCGACUCUUUUGGCCUUGCUCACAGGCACAAAGGUUUUGUUUGCCGCCGUCGUCGUCGGGCUUUGCUUGAAAUCAGGGCCGCCGGCGAGUCAUUCGGAUGCUUGGGACUUUGGGAGGAGGACCUGGAGGGCCCGGCUCCGACUGCGAGCAGGCUGGAGGCCCUGCGGACGCCUCCCGGCGGUUGUGACCCAGAAAGGAGCCGCGAUAGCCGGGUCGCUCGGCUGCUAGCAGGCCGGCUAGCUCGCGUCUUCUCCGGACGUCUCCGGCUCAGCGCCGCCGGGGACGGACGGCGUCCGCUUCUCUCCCCGACCUCGUUGCAACGUUUGCCCCGGGCCGGCCGAACUUGUGGCGGCCCGCAGACGUCCCCCCGUCCUCCUCCCCCUCCCCCUCAUCCUCAUCCUCCGUCGUCAUGGCAGCGCUCAUCAAAGAGAUCGUCAGCCGAAAUAAAAGAAGAUACCAGGAGGACGGCUUCGACCUGGACCUCACUUACAUCUACCCCAACAUCAUCGCCAUGGGCUUCCCCGCCGAGCGUCUGGAGGGCGUCUACAGGAACAACAUCGACGAUGUCGUGCGAUUUCUAGAUGUGAAGCACAAGAGUCACUACAAGAUCUACAACCUGUGUGCGGAGCGCCAUUACGACACGUCCAAGUUCAACUGUCAAGUGGCCGAGUACCCGUUCGAGGACCACAACCCGCCGCAGUUGGAGCUGAUCAAGCCGUUCUGCGAGGAUUUGGACGCGUGGCUGAGCCGAGACGAGCAGCACGUGGCCGCCAUCCACUGCAAAGCGGGCAAAGGCCGCACGGGGGUCAUGAUCUGCGCUUACCUGCUGCACCGCGGCAAGUUCCGCGAGGCCCGGGAAGCGCUCGACUUCUACGGCGAGGUCCGCACGCGAGACAAGAAGGGCGUGACCAUCCCCAGCCAGCGUCGCUACGUGUGUUACUACAACACGCUACUGAGGAGCAGCCUUCACUACUCCCCCGUCGCGCUCCUCUUUCACAAGAUGCUGUUUGAAACCAUUCCCAUGUUCACCGGGGGAACCUGCACUGAAGGUGAAGAUCCACACGUCCAAUCCGGCGUACACGCGUCGCGAAGACAAGCUGAUGACGUUCGAGUUCCCGCAGCCGCUUCCCGUGUGCGGAGACAUCAAGGUGGAGUUCUUCCACAAGCAGAACAAAAUGAUGAAAAAGGACAAGAUGUUCCACUUCUGGGUCAACACCUUCUUCAUUCCCGGGCCGGACGACGAACCGGAGAAUCUGGAGAACGGCCAAAGCGGAACCUUGCGAGAAGCCGACAGAAUCCAGCAGAACCGAGCGCAAGCCGGCGACGACGACUUCCUGGUUCUGACUUUGAUGAAGAACGACCUGGACAAGGCCAACAAGGACAAAGCCAACCGGAACUUCUCACCCAACUUUAAGGUCAAGCUCUUCUUCACCAAGGCGACGGAGGACGGCGGCAGCUGCGAGGCGAACAGCGCGUCGGUGACGCCGGACGUCAGCGACAACGAACCCGAUCACUACCGCUACUCGGACACCACCGACUCGGACCCCGACAACG